AUGUCCGACGACGACGAGGUGUGCACGCGAACCGCGACGGCGAGCGACGGCGAGGGGACGCGCGCGGGAGAGAGCGGCGCGAUCGCGGCGCUGGGCGAGACGAAGACGUCGAGGCUGAUGGAAUUGGAAGCGCGACUCGCGGAGAAAGAUUUCAUAAUGGAACCGAGCGCGAUCGAUGACGUGCGCGCGUACGUCUCCGCGGGAGGCGCGCCGAGCACGGCGAUAGAGCUGCUGAGCGAGAAUUACCGAGGGUACGCGGCGAUGACGACGCUGGCGGUGCACUGGUUGAAGGUGACGGCGCCGCCGAGACGGGGCGCGAACACGUCGCCGAUCAAGGUGAGCGCGGCGGUAGAGACGCGAGGCAUCGAUAAUGGCGACGGUGACGCGACGAGAACACCGACUGGAGGGAUAUUGACCAGCGGAGCGGGGAAAGGGACGCCGCGGGAGCGCGCGGCGACGAUGGAGACGGAGGCGCGAUUCGAUGAAAUGUAUUUUUUGGAGGCGCUCGUGAGAGAGAAAUUCGACGCGAAUAAGGCGGACGCGGUGUUCCAGGGACGACCGCCGGCGUGGUUGGAUGGGCUGUUCAAGAGCGAGCGCGGGCGGGCGGUGUUGUUUUCUUUGGCGGAGCGUAAUCCAAACUGUUUAUUGAUUUCGUGCGCGAUUCAGCACGCGUGGCAGCGCGGCAUGCGACACGAAGUGCGCGCGCUCGGACCUGCGGCGGCGGCGUAUUUUAGCAUCUUUCACGAACUUCUCGCCGAUCACGUCAAGGGAAUCAUCGAAGCCGGUGAUGACGACGAGCGACGAAUGGACUUUGAAGAGCGGUUGAAGAGCAUGUGCUGUCAGUCCAUAGGCACGUACGUCUUUGGCCAGCUCAUGCUCGCGACUUUAGGGCGAGACACGGACAAGGCGACGACCAAGAGUUCACAGGCGAUCGCGGCGCGAUUGUCGGAAGAGAUUGAAGAGGCGGCAGCGAGCUUGCACGGUGCCGCAACGGUUCGCCGUCUGGCGCCUUGGCUCGCGGCGUCCGCGGCUGACGCUACGGCCAAGUACGCCACGGCUGAUUUGCUCAGCUCGCGUCCAGUGGGCACGAACACGUCAUCGGUUGGGCAAAUACGCGACAGUGGGGCACUCGCGGCUGGGGACUUGAAAAAGCUGCUCGACUUGUACGUGUCGAGCGACGUCAAGAAGAAGCCGUCGGUGGCGCCGCUUCGGCACCCCGACGUCCUUUACAACCUCAUUUCGGAAGCUUUUAAAUGGACAGUUGACUCGGGCGCGAAUCGUUUACGCAGCGAGUGUUUCGAGCUGAUCGCUUUAGCCGCAAGCGAUGACGAGACGAGCGUGGAUGAAGUAAAAGCGGCGUUGACUGAAGCCGUGGCAAUCGUCGAAAACGCGAAGCGGGGCGAGAUGCCAGAGCAGACGAGUGUCGAUAAAGUGUUCGCUAUCCCGUGCGCGACUGCAGGUAUCAUCGCCGCCGCGCGCUCUGCGCUCACGAAUGAAAUGUAUCAUCGGGUCGUUCAAGUCGGGAACGCCAACUCUGUUUUCGUGCACGUCCUCGGGGAAGUGGCGAAGAAGCACAUUGGGCUGCAAGGCGUGGUGCUGGAGGCGCUGAACGCGAUCAUUCAAUCAUGCGGAAGUUCACACGGCGCCGAAUUGGCUAUUUCGCUCCUCGACCUGGGUUGCGAACUCGUCGCUGCUGGCCACGUGAUGCCGACGAUCACGGCUGCGGCGAACUCGUGGCGUCGGACGUUGGAUCCGUCUCAGAUUCGAUACUUUGCGAACGAGGUGUUGGAGAUCGCAGGUCCGCCGUACAGCCGCGAUUUUGCCGUUGUCAUGAUUCGAUUGCUCGACUCGGCGAAUUCGCGCAAACGGAUGUCCAAAACUGUGGACGAUUUCGUGGAAGACGUGCGCGUGAACAGACGAAGUUUUCAUCCUCCCCUGUCGCUGGCCGAGGUCGGCGUUCUCGACAGCCUUUCGCGAUGA